CCUGCGCGCGCCGCGGCCGCGGUGCAUUGUGGGGCCGCAAAGAUGGCGGCGCUCAGCGCGGGCCGGGCGGCGGCGGCGGGCCUCCUCCGCGCCCAGAGCCUCGGGGUGUGGAGGGGUCUGGGAACCUCGGCCGCCCUCCUGCAGCAAGCGCAGGCCAAGUCCCACAAUGCCAAGGCCGAGGGCACGUUCCAGGUGACGAUGCUGCCGGGGGACGGCGUGGGGCCGGAGCUCAUGCACUCGGUCAAGGAGGUCUUCAAGGCCGGCGGCGUCCCCGUGGUGUUCGACGAGCACCACCUGAGCGAGGUGCAGAACACGGCGUCCGAGGAGAAGCUGGAUCGGGUCGUGGAUUCCAUGAAGGAGAGCAAGGUCGCCCUCAUCGGGAAGAUCCACACGCCCAUGGAGUACAAGGGAGACCUGGCGUCCUAUGACAUGAGGCUCAGGAGGAAGCUGGACCUGUUUGCCAACGUGGUGCACGUGAAGAGUCUCCCGGGAUACCAGACCCGGCACAACAACCUGGACCUGGUGAUCAUCCGGGAGCAGACGGAGGGCGAGUACAGCUCCCUGGAGCACGAGAGCGUCAAGGGCGUGAUCGAGUGCCUGAAGAUCAUCACCAGGGCCAAGUCCCAGCGCAUCGCCAAGUUCGCCUUCGACUACGCCACCAAGAAGGGCCGGGCCAAGGUCACAGCUGUGCACAAGGCCAACAUCAUGAAGCUGGGGGACGGGCUGUUCCUGCAGUGCUGCAAGGAGGUGGCCGAGCUGUACCCCAAGAUCAAAUUCGACACCAUGAUCAUCGACAACUGCUGCAUGCAGCUGGUGCAGAAUCCCUACCAGUUCGACGUCCUGGUGAUGCCCAACCUCUACGGCAACAUUGUGGACAACUUGGCCGCGGGGCUGGUGGGCGGCGCCGGCGUCGUGCCCGGCGAAAGCUACAGCGCCGAGUACGCCGUGUUCGAGAUGGGAGCCCGGCACCCCUUCGCCCAGGCCGUGGGCAGGAACAUCGCCAACCCCACGGCCAUGCUGCUGUCGGCCUCCAACAUGCUGCGGCACCUCAACCUGGAAUACCACUCCAACAUGAUCUCGGACGCGGUGAAGAAGGUGAUCAAAGGUGGCAAAGUCCGGACUCGGGACUUGGGCGGUUACUCCACCACUUCUGACUUCGUCAAGUCCGUCAUUGACAACCUGCACCCCCACUAUGGGGCUUAGGACCCCCGGCAGCUCCCCCAGCGCCUCGGCCCCCUCCCCAAACCCCCUCCCUGCCCCCCCGGCUGCCCCAGUGCCCCCAGGGAGGAGGGUGGCCCCGUAACCCCAGGAAUCCUUUUCCUUCCCCCGCCCCAUCCCCUGGCGGGGGUUGCUCCGUGGAGGCGGCCAGUGUGGAUUUUGGGGUUCACUGGGGUGGCCUGGGGGGAACGGGGCAGUGCCCCAAACUCAUAGGCAGCUCCUCUUGGGACCACCGUGGCUGUGGGACCCCAUUCCCAUGGGAUCCCUGUGGCUGGAUAGUCAUUCCUGUGGGACCAAUGGGAUUGUGGGGUCCCUGUGAGCAUGGGAUCCCUGUGACUCUGGGACCCCAUUCCCAUGGGAUCCCUGUGACUCUGGGACCCCAUUCCCAUGGGAUCCCUGUGACUGUGGGACCCCCCAUUCCCAUGGGAUCCCUGUGGCUGGAUAGUCAUUCCUGUGGGACCAAUGGGAUUGUGGGGUCCCUGUGAGCAUGGGAUCCCUGUGACUCUGGGACCCCAUUCCCUUGGGAUC